AUGAGUGCAUAUCAAAUGAAUACCGGUCCCGUUGUAUAUAACGUCCAGAACUCUACGCUGUUCGGUCACGGAUUGUUCGGCGAUUGUUACUCGAAUAUUAUGGGAACGGCUGCAACAAUGUUCCUGUCCACCCAGUAUCAGCCGGUCUUUAUGUCCGUGAUUGGGUCCAUUGUCGUGGGCCUCAGCGGACUUUUCCCCCUACUCAUAUUGCCAGUCAAUGACUCAAUUUCUCUAAAAACUGGACCUGGCAGUAAACAUUUACGUCUGUUGUUGAGUUUUUCCGUUGGUGGUAUGCUGGGUGAUGUAUUUUUACACGUUUUACCUGAAGUGUGGAUUUCUUCUAAAGAUAGACAUAAAGACUGGAUACGGGAUGGCUGGUGGGUUCUGGCUGGGUUAUUGGUAUUCAUUAUAGUUGAGAAAUUGUUUUCAUUGUCAGAUAAUGAAGACACUGAUGAAACCAUUCAUACAAAAGUGUCUACUGACAUAAACUCAGUCAAUAACAACCAUAAGGAUCCAGGGAAAACAACUAAAUGUAUUGAUGUGGUGACCAAAGGAAAAAAUCACAUUCAAAUAAGUGGUUAUUUAAACUUGUUAGCCAAUUGCAUCGACAAUUUCACUCAUGGUUUAGCAUUAGGAGGAAGUUUUCUCAUAUCCCCAAGAGUUGGUAUGUUCACCACAUUGGCAAUAUUAGUUCACGAAAUUCCACAUGAAGUUGGUGAUUUUGCUAUUCUUUUGAAGUCUGGAUUUAGUCGUUGGCAAGCUGCAUGUGCUCAAGUAUAUACUGCUUCUGCUGGCAUAUUUGGAGCACUUACAGCCAUAUACUGUAGUGGAGUUUCUGAUGACGUUGAGGCAAAGACAUCUUGGAUUAUGCCGUUUACAGCUGGUGGUUUUCUUCACAUUUCUUUGGUUACUGUGUUGCCCGAGCUUUUACUCGAAGAGAACCCAAGAGAAUCAAUGAAACAGUUUACGUUGAUAAUUGCUGGAAUAGCAAUUAUGUUUGUCAUGUCUCAUCUAUUCGAAUGA